AUGCCUCCUGUAACUAAAGCAUCCAAGCCAAUUUACGACUACAUUGUCAUCGGUGGUGGUUCUGGUGGUAUGGCCGGUGCUAGAAGAGCUGCUGGCGUUCAUGGCGCAAGUGUUGCCUUGAUUGAGGGCCACAGCGUCUUGGGAGGUACUUGUGUAAAUGUAGGCUGUGUACCCAAAAAGGUCAUGUGGAACACAGCCUCUGUCUUUGAGACACUGCGUCAAGCGAAGGGCUAUGGCUAUGAAUUUGGUGAAGUCGGUUUUGAUUGGUCUAUCAUCAAGGCAAAGCGUGAUGCGUUUAUAAAGCGCUUGAACGGUAUCUACGACGCCAAUGCUGUCAGAGAGAACGUAGAGCAGUUCCAUGGUCACGCCAGUUUUGUCAAUGCCAGCACUAUCUCGAUUGCUCGCCAAGGUGCUGAUCCCAUCGAAAUCAAAGGCAAACACAUCCUUAUUGCUACUGGUGGUCAUGCCAUUAUUCCCAAGGUUCCUGGGGCUGAACUCGGUAUUACAUCUGACGGCUUCUUUCAAUUGGAAUCUCAACCCAAACGUGUGGCUGUGGUAGGUACGGGUUACAUUGGUAUUGAACUCGCUGGUAUCUUUCACGCAUUGGGUACAGAUGUUACCAUCUUCUCCCGCACAAAGCAAAUUUUGAGAAAGUUCGAUACCAUUAUCAAGGAUACUUUGCUGGAGCACAUGCAAAAGACGGGCGUCAAGUUUACCUUUGAUUCCAAAGUCACUGCUUUGAAGAAAUCUGCCACUGGUAUCGUUGUAGAAUACGAUUCUGCUGGUCAAAAGGGUGAGCUUGAAGUUGACACUGUGCUCUGGGCUGUUGGUCGUGCUUCUAAUACUGAAGGCUUGAACGUUGCCGCUGCUGGUGUCAAGAUCAAUGACAAGCAUCAAAUUGUCGUGGACGAGUAUCAAAAUACCACUGCUCCCAACAUUUAUGCUCUUGGUGAUGUCGUCGGUAAGGCUGAAUUGACUCCUGUAGCCAUUGCUGCUGCUCGUAAGCUUAGUGAUCGUCUCUUUGGUGGUCCUCAAUUUGCUCAAUCCAAGUUGGAUUACAUCAACAUCCCCACUGUCGUCUUUUCUCAUCCUACAUCAGGUACAGUGGGUUAUACAGAGGACGAAGCUCGCGCCAAGUUUGGCAAUGACAAUAUCAAGGUGUAUACAAGCAGAUUUGGAAACAUGUACUUUAGUGUUCUUGAUGAGAAGGAGCCCACUGCUUACAAGAUCAUUGUCAGCGGUCCUGAAGAAAAGGUGGUUGGUCUUCAUAUUAUUGGGAGAAACAGUGAUGAAAUCAUGCAAGGUUUCGGUGUCGCUAUUUGUAUGGGUGCUACCAAGGCAGACUUUGACAACUGUGUUGCCAUCCAUCCUACCUCUGCAGAGGAAUUAGUCACUAUGCGAUAA